GGUUACUAUGGAUACUGGCCGGGGUGGAGUUUACAGGAGGCGGAAGUGUUAACGCAGGCGGAAGUGGUACUGCCCUGAAUUCCCUGAGCAGCGAAACGGAGGACGGAUUGAUACUCCAAGCAUUUAGAGACAAAAAGUAGGACUCGAAAUAUAUUUAAAUUAUCGACAUGGAUAAGAGUGACCUAGUGCAGAAGGCUAAACUGGCCGAACAGGCUGAACGCUAUGACGACAUGGCUUCCUCUAUGAAGGCUGUCACUGAAGGUGGAGGUGAGCUGUCUAACGAGGAGCGCAAUCUGCUAUCCGUGGCUUACAAGAACGUGGUGGGUGCUCGCCGCUCCUCUUGGCGUGUAAUCUCCAGCAUUGAGCAGAAGACGGAGGGGAGUGAGAAGAAACAGCAGAUGGCACGAGAAUACCGUGAGAAAAUUGAGUCUGAGCUACAGGAAAUCUGCAAUGAUGUGCUGGCACUUCUUGAGAAGUACCUCAUACCUAAUGCUAGCCAGGCAGAGAGCAAAGUCUUCUACCUGAAAAUGAAGGGAGACUACUACAGAUACUUAUCUGAGGUGGCAUCAGGCGAUGAAAAAAAAUUAACAGUGGACCACUCUCAGAAGGCUUACCAGGAUGCAUUUGAUAUCAGCAAGAAAGAGAUGCAGCCUACACACCCUAUCAGGCUGGGGCUUGCGCUCAACUUUUCUGUUUUUUACUAUGAAAUUCUAAACACCCCAGAGCAGGCCUGCAGUUUGGCAAAGACGGCUUUUGAUGAAGCGAUCGCUGAGCUUGACACUUUGAAUGAGGACUCUUACAAAGACAGCACCCUGAUUAUGCAGCUACUAAGGGACAACCUUACUCUGUGGACAUCAGAAAACCAGGGGGACGAGGGGGACGCUGGAGAGGGCGAGAAUUAAAGGCAUUGCACUUCACUGUUUAAAUCCACCCACACUCUUGAUCUUACACAUACAGCCCAUAGUUCCCUACUCCAUCUACUUCACCCUAACUUGCCUUUCUGUAUGAUGAGCAGCAUGAAUUGUAUCUGACAUACAAGUCUCUGCCCCUCUGAGAUCAAGGCACAGGGUAAUGUUCGAUUCAUUGACGGCUGAGAUGUUUUGAACAUGUCUGUUUGGAUGUCUUGUGGGAGGGGAGGGGGUGUUAAAUAUAGGUGUACUGUGGCCUAAUACUGCUAAUUUUUUAAAAAGGUAAUGCAUUAUACUAUCUUUCACUCCUCUCUAUCCUGUCUUCUCAGUGGUUUUAUCAAAAAACUUUAUUAAACUGUCCAUUUAAUUUAAUAAUCACUGUGAUGCUUAAUUCCCCCCUCCCUACUUCCUGGUUAAAUUGGAAAUAGCUUUAUUGGUAUGAGCAGUACAAUUCUGUCGCAACUCAUACAGAAAGGAAGUAAACAGGCUGUAUUGUGACACUGACUAAUAUGCAUUAUUACUGUUGUCAUGCAGUGUUCGUAAUUUUUUACUUUGCAUGUGUCCAAGAAUGAAAAUAAAAGGGACCUGAGGUUGUCA